AAGUGUGAGUGCUGCUGACAUUAUUCAGAUUGCAGCCACGUAAGUAACACACGGCGAUUGAAAAUGUCUUAUAUCGACUGUUGCUGAGAGGGAUUGGCCUGGUCCUGUCGGCCAUCCCUUACUUUAGAGCAAACAAGCUGCAGAUUUUUUGGGGUUUGGUUUGGAUUUUGUUUUGCCAAAAAAUUGUGCAUCCAAGAUCGUCAUCUGAACAACUGUGCAGUAGCAAACGCAUCGGGAGUUCUUUCUUGAGAUAUUUAAAGCCAUCGCUGUGUUUGAUUCCGAGUUUUGGAAGAAACAGACUGUGCACGGUGGAACACGAUACGAUUGAUCUUUUGUCCUUGACUGUUACCUUUUUUAUUUUAUAUAAUUAUAUAAACACACACUGCUGCUCGCCAAUAUCGGAAGGAAAUCGUCAGCCAAAGACUUUCUCAUGAGAGAGUGCGUGUGGGCAAAAGAAAUUCCCUUAAAGUUUUACUUGCUGGACGUUGCAAAGCAGAUGACAAGAGAGUGAAUGCCAUACUCUUGUUUUAUGAUAGUUUGAGGCUAUUUGUUUCCAGCUGCAAGGAGAAAGACGGCGAGAGAGGAGAGCGGACGCCACCUAGAGUUGGAGGGCGAGGAGUUGAGUUGCCACCUGGUUGGCUUGUCUGCGAGCGCUUCGGCGACUCUUUCUUGUGUUCGCUGCGGCGAAUGCCCCCUCGUAGCCACAAGAACAAAAGCACUGUGAGUUGGCGUUCCACGUUCCGCUUCGAGAACUCCAGUUGAUUGUGUGCUUUAAAUCUGACACAUCACAACGCUCUAUGCAACAGACAAAAACUGUAGCAAUAAAAACAUAGUCUUAACAUUGUUACUCCAAAUGGUGCUUAUCUUAUAAUAAAGAAACCUCUUUUACUCCUGAUUUUUUUUUAUUUGAAAGGAAACUCACUACUGGAUCUACAAGCCUAGACCAAAGUACGAAAAACGAGGGGGAAACGCUCUCACACCCCAUGAGCAUACAGAGAUCCAGUCCAAUCACCAUUGUAAGGCAUGGAAGAUCGAGGCAUAAGACUCACCACGAAUAUGAAGAAUUAUCUUGUGUGAGGACUAGUGACUGCAGCCAGAGUUUCAGCCCGAACCUAGGCUCUCCCAGCCCACCCGAAACCCCUAACUCGUGUCAUUGCAUUUCUCAAAUCGGACAGUAUCUAUUGUUGGAGCCAUUAGAGGGUGACCGCGUUCUUGGGGCAGUGCAUUUGCAUAGCGGCGAGGAGCUCGUUUGUAAGGUAUUCGAUAUUGGUCGAUAUCAAGAAACAUUAGCAGCAUAUUUUUGUUUGUCUGCACAUGAAGGCAUCAAUCAGAUAACUGAAAUUCUUCUAGGGGAACAAAGAUCGUACGUUUUCUUUGAAAAGAGCCAUGGGGAUAUGCACUCAUUUGUUCGCACUUGCAAAAGGCUCAAAGAGGAUGAAGCAGCAAGAUUAUUCUACCAGAUAACGUCUGCUGUAGCCCACUGCCACGAUAAUGGCGUGGUACUGAGAGAUCUCAAAUUAAGGAAAUUUGUAUUUAAAGACGAAGAACGGACACAAGUAAAAUUGGAAAGUCUUGAGGAUGCUUACAUCUUAAAUGGUGAAGAUGAUGCUCUUUCAGACAAGCAUGGUUGUCCAGCGUAUGUGAGCCCUGAGAUCCUUAACACUAAUGGCAGCUACUCUGGUAAGGCCGCCGACGUGUGGAGUCUAGGUGUGAUGCUGUACACAAUGCUUGUUGGACGGUAUCCCUUCCAUGAUGUGGAGCCAGGUUCUCUCUUUAGCAAAAUUCGCCGUGGCCAGUUUAACAUUCCAGAAACGCUUUCCCCACGAGCAAAAUGCCUUAUCCGUAGCAUCUUGCGUCGUGAGCCUUUGGAAAGGCUAACAUCCCGGGAAAUCUUGGACCACCCUUGGUUUGCCUCUGACUUUUCAGCUUCUAGUUCCGGAUAUGGUGCUAAUGAAAAAGAAGCAGUUGAUCAACUGGUACCUGAUGUGAAUAUGGAUGUUGAGUUGGACCCAUUUUUCAACUGAAGUUUAUCGUUUGAGUGGGCGUCAUCGAGAAGAAACAGCAGUUGGUCUUCAUCACCUGAGGGAAUCCUUCCUCAGUUGCAUAAUGGUACCUUGAAUCAACCUAGCUUGGUAGCAGAAGUGGUGCCGAUGUACUGAGACUUUAAAAUGACUAUCAAAGUAGGACUUCUAAGGAUUUACAUGUAGCACAACUAAUUAGGGGUUCUGCUGUUGUUAGAUUGAUUUUUGGAUGAAAUGGCAGUGUAAAAUAUUUGCAGCUUCUCAUCUCAUGGAGCCAUGGAGAAUGCUGAAUACUGCAUUGUAGGUAGUGGUGCAGUACCUCACUCCAUUUUAUAAUGGUUACAAAUCACAAUAAAUAGAAACUUAGCGUCGACACAAUGUAAUACAUUGGCAUCGCACUGUUAGAUUAUUUUCCUUCUCUCAUUAUUCAGGGAAUGUACAAUUCUCCUUUAAGAGUCCUAAUUGUUUCUGAUGUUUUGCAUUUUAUUCAAUGUGAUUCGUAACAAGGAAAAUUAGGUGCACAUGAACCGACAUGCAAUGCGGGUGCUAAAAGGAAGAGUUCUGCUUGUGUUUAUAUGUAGCUAUUUUUCAUUAUCUUGUGUAAUUUUUUUUUCCUGAGUAAACUACAUAUUCUUGUCAGAAAAGAGCAUUAUGAUGCUCAGUUCCCUUGGAGGAAAUAAGUUAUCUGUUGUGUACAAUAUUUUUGAUGCAGCUUGGCAGGAACUAUUAAAAUGAUAUGUCAUACAUGUGACUUUACUGGUAGUGAAGUCCAUAGUGGCAAAUAUUCAGGGUUUGAAGUACACCGACUAUAACUGUUGUACUAGUGUAAAGAAAAUCGUUUCCUUUCUUAAUUUUUGAGUUUGAUAGUGUAUUUAUUUUAAAUCUCAAUAUACUUUUCCACCCCACAACAGUAUUAACUACUUAGUUUUUCAUUUAUCUCCUCACUGCUUUCUAUUCGUUCUUCCAUUAAUUCUGGGUAAUAACUCCUUUAGUUGUGCAGAGAUACUGACACGAAGUUAAGCUAUCCUGGACCUUUCAUUCUUAUCUAACAUUUAAGAUUAAUCAAACUUCAUAGGGUUACUAAUUUUUUAAGUGAGUGCAUACUAAAUGAAACUAUCACAAAAUGAAAUGCAAUUAUCUGCAUUGUUGCAUCUUGUUUAGGGAGCUUAAGAAUAGACAUUUGAGUGCUUUGCAGUUGGUGAGCAAGAUAACUGCAACAAGAGCAUGCACUAUUUGAUCCACAGAAAUGUUUAGCUGGUCUUGCCCCUCAGUAAGUAUUGGGCAUCUUUCUUGGCUUGUAGCAAGGGCUGAGAACAUCUAUGUGCCAGUGUGAAGCCCACAUAAUUGAAUAAUAUCGCAAUGCAGAUGCCUAACUUGCUGCACAAGUGAACAACCAGAGGUGGUCAUCAUUGAGAAUUCUGCAUGGUUUAAUGAAUCCUAAAGCUCCAUUUUUGGAUUGGAUAGUUUCUCUUUUCUAGCAAUUCCAGGUCAUUGUUUUUUUUUAAUUGACUAAGCUGGAUCUUGAAUAUUAAUUUAUGAAAUUAGUUUUUGUCAGAAUUUUGUUUUAAUUCAGUGAGUUGGGCUUCCAUGAUUUGUGAUACAAAAUACUUUCAAUAUCUGGGACUGACCACAAAUAUCUUCCAAUGUUAGAGUCCACUUGUAAUCUUCUGACAUUAAGCCCAGCGUAAUACUGUAUGCAGAAGCACCAGAUGUUCAUUAGAUUGUUUUUUAAUACUUAUGAAGGCAUUGUGUGCCUGGAUUAAAUUUUGUAAAGUUGUACAGUUCAUCUAAAGAGUUGGAAUAUGGUACUUUGACAAUUUGGUAAUUUGUAGUCUUACUACCCAUGGUCAAAAUAUUGUGAAAAUAAGAUGUGACCAUUUACAAAGCAUUAUAUUCAUAACAAGCACAUUGGACCUACAAAGCUGAAACAAGUGGACUCAGAUUAAUCUGUGCCUACAUAAUGUAUUUCAAACCCCGAAUAGGUUGUAGAUUUUAAUUUUAGUUUUCCAGAUUAAUUUCCUUCUGCUUUUGAAAUGCUAAAUAUUAGGAACCUUUUGCCUUGCAUACUUCCCCUAGCCCCACCCUCUAUCCACCCCGUGUUGUCUCCUGUACCUCGAUUGUUUGAUUACUGCCUGUACCAGUUCUGUGAAAUGGUCAUGUUCUUGCGUAGGUAUGCGUGGACUAUGUAGUACGUAUCUGUUAACUUGAAUUUGUGCUUUUAUAGUAUGUUGCAUGUACGUACAGCUACUUGACCUAUUUGGCUUAUGGAUGCUUUUGCCUGCAUUACAGGAGAGCUUGUAUAUGCCAAUUAAAAACACAGAUGAGAAUGAUUAAAGUUCUCCUGGAAAGGGUGGGGGUGGGGGGAGGGGGGAAGCUGCAGCUGAUCUGCCAGGUGUUAAUUUAAACAAAAUCACAAGAAAAUGGGAGUGAAAUCAUAUUCACUCUGCGGAUGGUGCUAUGUUGAGAAGGACUACUUUGUUUUAAAUUUAAGUGGAAGGGGAACAGAGGAGACUGCAUGGUGGGUUUUACUGCCUCUGGUGUUUUGAUUGUAUUGUAUUUGGUUUGAUGUUUUGUCCUAAUCUUCUCCUUCAGUAAAUAAAUUGUGAAUUGCACAA